AUGGCUGAAAAGAUCGGAGCUGCUGGUCCUAAACCCAACAACGUCCGGUCUGCGCCCCCGCUCCCGCCCGAGCCUAUAGACAUCAUCCGCACCAAAGCUCGCUCUCGCAGAGUUCGCCUUAACGUAGGGGGGCUGAACCAUGACGUCCUGUGGCGAACCCUGGAUCGGUUACCCAGGACCCGGCUUGGUAAGCUUAGAGACUGCAACACCCAUGAGUCCCUGAUGGAGAUCUGCGACGACUACAGCCUGAACGAGAACGAGUACUUCUUCGAUCGGCACCCGGGUGCCUUCACCUCCAUCCUAAACUUUUACCGCACGGGCAAGUUGCACAUGAUGGAGGAGAUGUGCGCCCUCUCCUUUGGCCAGGAGUUGGACUACUGGGGGAUUGACGAGAUCUACCUGGAGUCGUGCUGCCAGGCUCGAUACCACCAGAAGAAAGAGCAGAUGAACGAGGAGCUGCGGAGGGAGGCCGAGACAAUGAGGGAGAGGGAGGGGGAGGGAGAGUUUGAUAACACCUGCUGCCCAGAUAAGAGGAAGAAACUGUGGGAUCUCCUGGAGAAGCCCAGCUCCUCUGUGGCUGCCAAGAUUCUAGCCAUCAUAUCAAUCCUGUUCAUUGUCCUCUCCACCAUCGCCUUGUCUCUCAACACUUUACCAGAGCUUCAGGUUCCAGACGAGUUGGGCCACGCCAAUGACAACCCCCAGCUGGCCCACGUGGAGGCUGUGUGUAUUGCAUGGUUCACCAUGGAGUACCUCCUCCGCUUCCUGUCAUCUCCCAACAAGUGGAAGUUCUUCAAAGGUCCACUGAAUGUCAUUGACUUACUGGCCAUCCUGCCCUACUAUGUCACCAUUUUCCUAACGGAGUCCAACAAGAGUGUGCUGAAGUUCCAAAAUGUGCGCCGUGUGGUGCAGAUAUUCAGAAUCAUGAGAAUAUUGAGAAUCCUGAAGUUGGCCAGGCAUUCCACAGGGCUCCAGUCACUAGGAUUUACUUUGAGAAGGAGCUACAAUGAACUGGGGCUGCUUAUAUUGUUUCUUGCCAUGGGCAUCAUGAUAUUUUCCAGCUUGGUCUUCUUUGCUGAGAAAGAUGAAGACGCCACCAAAUUCACCAGUAUCCCUGCCUCGUUCUGGUGGGCAACCAUUACAAUGACUACAGUGGGGUAUGGAGACAUUUACCCACAGACUUUGCUUGGAAAGAUUGUGGGUGGGCUCUGCUGUAUAGCAGGAGUGUUGGUGAUUGCCCUGCCAAUCCCCAUCAUUGUAAAUAACUUCUCAGAGUUCUAUAAGGAGCAGAAGAGGCAGGAGAAAGCCAUCAAGAGGAGAGAGGCACUGGAGAGAGCCAAAAGGAAUGGCAGCAUUGUGUCAAUGAACCUUAAAGAUGCCUUUGCUCGUAGUAUGGAGCUGAUGGAUGUGGUGGUUGAAAAAGGAGAGGACAAAACAUCCCUUGACAACCACUUGUCACCGAGCCGUUGGGGCGGUUCAACCAGGCAUGCUACCUCGGAAAGCAGCCUCAGAUCCCCAGACAAACGAAACGCAGAGUUCCUACAGCAAAGCUCUCCCCAUCGCAUAAUCAUCACCACCACCGGAAGUCCACAUCGCGUUAGCAGGACGCCACAGCACCUUAAUGUUCAGAAGCUGGAGGAAAUGUACAACCAGAUGGCCAAGUCCCAAUCCUUCUCUAAUCUCAACACUACAAGCUCAAUGAGCACCCUCAGCACAACCGUGACCGCUCCCAUCUCGCCAAAGAAAUCUCACAGCUCUGAAUCUACAUUAAGAGAGGAGGUGCAGCUCGAGAUGAAAGAAGUCCAGUCUUGUUCAAAAGAUAACUUUGCCAGCUGUUCAGCAGACUGCACAGGACAGAGCUCCAGUCUAGGCGAAGAUGAUGCCAGGUUACAUGAAAUCAGACAUCCCAGAGCCCCACCCUUUCUGGAUUUUGGCCAACUGAGAACAAAUGAUGACCCAAGUUUCACCAUAAACUUAGUGAAAGAUCACUUCUAUGAAUCUGUCAACCCAGUUGAUGGAUCAGAGUAUCAUUUGGAUGAAGGGGAGAGCUAUAACCGUGCAGUGGAGAACAACCAGAGCUAUCCAACAGAUUCUCUAAAAGAAAAAGGGUUAAAUUUUGACUUACAAAAACCUUCCAAUGAAGGUCCUCUCACUCCACCAAGCACUACCUCCCCUGGUGAUAUCAGCUCCAGCAUCUUAGAAGUCGAAUACCCCACAGGGGAGACGUCACCACUCAUUGCUGAUUCGCAGGAGCUUCUACCAGUCAUAGAUGAUGGCACAUGCAACCUCUCUCCUAAGAGGCUGUUGAUCGACACCCCACCUGGUGAUGAAGAUCAGUCAACAGAGAACCACACAGAGAAGCAUCUGAUGGAAGAGGCAGGUGCCGCAGUUGCACCCUUGUCCCCCAAAACCGCAUCGCAAAAUUGCACUCAAAAUGUAGUUGGAGCAGAAGAGGAAAAGACUGACAGCAACUCUAGCGAACACAAAGUAGAGAAUCACAUAUUCACAUCCGAUAUCCACCUGAUACCUGGGAAUGGCAGCCUCUCUCCAACAUGUGAAACCAGCAUGUGA